UGGGACGGAAGCUAUCAGCUGAUAGUGUAAACAUUGACCAGGUGACGUGCAGGAGACUUGGGUCGUGCUCACCACCUGACUGCUCAAUUUCACCAUUAAGGGAAUAUACUUUCAUCGUUUUCUUCAAAUCAGGACUGGCAGGGCACGUAGGGCUUGGCCCCGUCGCUGCCCCUAAUACUAACUUCACUAACUCAUUUCAUGCUCUCUCGCUAAGAGUGUACUUUCGAGCAUGUCUCCUGUGCCAGAGCCCACACAAGGGGGUCGUGUUGGACCUGGCGGUAGGGAGGAUGAGGAGUUCGACCCUCCCACUGGCCUAAUUGUUGGACCUCCGGCGUCAUCAAGUGAUGAAGAACCCGAUCAAGUUGAUCAGGAUGAUCCAUACCCUUCUGGUUACCAGCCUCUCCCACAGGACAUGGAUGAAGAUCAAGAUAAUUCAGAGAUUGAUUACAGCUCUCUCUCUGGCUUGAUGUCUGCCCUUGCCACCAAUGGAGUUAAUGUUGUGCCUGAUUAUGCAGGAAAUAGUGAAUUUACUGGAAACCAUGAAGAAACAGGAGGCACAGAGAGCAGCAGCUUUCCCCUGACUACAGUGUUGGAUGAUGAGUCUUCCAGACAAAGGCUUAGUGAAGUGGUAGCUGAGAGAGCAGUCAUAUGGAACUCCUCCCCAACAUCAGAUCGUCUCAUCCUAGAUGGCAAUAAGGUAGAGGAAAUAAAAUCUGUAAUGGCGUCUUUCACUCUGCCUCAGUCUGCCAUUCCUGCUUGGGCUCAGAACCUCUCUGAGGAGGAUUGGAAGGAUCAGGUUGCUGGACUUAUAGCACGUCGGACGUCACAAUGAUAGAUCACACUGUGAAAGUUUCCUCAAAAUAUGCUGCUUGUAGUUAUGGAGUUAACACAGGUUGUAGUGUUAUUUACAUUGGUACGGCUUUUUGUGUUAGGGUAUAUCAGCAAGUAACACACUGAUUGUUAUAUAUUAUCUCUGUUAGAACAUGGUUGAUAAUUUCACAUUCCUUAUUCUCUGUGGCUUGACCAUUGGCUGUAAUUAGAGCCAACAUUUGAGCUAAAGACUGACCACUUGCAGUGGGUUUUAGUGGUCUUAUAGUUACACCCAGUUAUCUUAGAGGUAAAAUAAGCUAUGAGUUUGAUAUUGUACUAUGCUUGGUGCAUGAUUAGUACAUUGUAGGUACAUGUACUCAGAGAUGAGUUAUCAGCCCAUUCAUUAUUGUAAUACUAAGCUCAGUACCAACAUCCACGUGAAAGAUAUGUCACAAACUUUGAAUUUAGUAUGUUUGCCUUAUAUUUAUUAUUUACAAGUAAACUAACUUUAUCCAUUUGAAAUGAUAGCAUACUAUAAUAUAAUAAUGAAGUCUUACUGAAGUCACAAGAAGGCUCUCUAUUGUUGGGUUUCCAGAACAAAAAGCCCAGUUGUGACAAAUAUUAGUUUCAAGUAUACUUGGUGAAACUUUAAAGUUUGAUAUGUACUUUUUCAUUAAUGAUAUCUCAAUUUUGUGUAAAUAUGUCUUAAAAUAAUGUUUUUUAUUCACUGGGGUGGAUACUGUUAUGGCUAUAUAUAUAUACUGUCUGCUCCAAGGCUGGGGAACAUUGUGGUGGUUAUAACCAUGCACUGGCAAGAGCUGGUUCUGAUGCAGACAAUACUCAGUUUCUCUAUAAUGAUUAUUGUCUGCUAUACAUUGUCACUUUUUUCAUUAAUAUCUCAAUUAUUUAAUGAGACAAAGCAUUUCAAAUAAAAUCUCUUAAUGUUACAGUGUUGAAACUGUUGAGAAUAUUAUAAAUUUCAUCUAUCACCUGUUUAUGUACUGUACUUUAAAGUAUAUUUUGUAAUGAAAUUUA